AUGAGAAGAAAACGCAUCAACGACAACAUUAACGGCUUGGCCAUGGUGAUGGAAAGAAGAAAGCCCAAAUCUCCUUCCAGGUUUCCCACAGACGAACUAGUAGACAAUAAGAAACGGCUGAGAAUAAGGCGGGGAGGGCCAACAAAUGACUCAAAAUCAAGCACAAGAUCGUCCAUGGAAUUAGUUUUCAGCAUGUUCGCAAUAUGCUUCAUCAUUGGCUACAGUUUUCUCUCGUCAAGAAUAAUAGAAGUCUCAGAGAGUCAGCCUAUUGAUAUCUAUCAUCGUGUGCUUUUUCAGGUCAUUCCAGAGACCAAAAGGAACGAUGGAAAGACUGUUCCACAAUCAUAUCUUCCACAACGACCGAGAAGUUUUGGCUAUUACUUUGGUGACAGCUUCAUUGGUGCUGAGCCAAUUGAUUCCAAUGCCAUUCGGCUCUAUCCUUCACAAGGGGUAGCUCCCUAUUCUAAAAGAGACGCUCGGAAGCAAGAAGAAUUGCUGGAUAGUGCAGACUACAAGAAUGGCAUGGCUACACCGUUGGAACACGGUGACUGCGUGGCGCAACAUGACUGGCAAAAUUCGUUUUACUCUUCCUGCAACCAUUUGAUGGAACAGGAUCUAACGAACCUAUAUAUAAAUGAGAAGGCCCAAGACACCUAUGCUCGAUAUCUCGCUCACGGAUACUGGCGAGACGUCUGGACAAUCAAGAACGAAUUUAAUGAAAGCACUGUAUUGAAGACUAUGCGAUACGAGCACGAUUACACACCUCGGAAUUACGAUCGACAUAGACGAGAUGCUGUAGCCAUGGAACGACUAACAGCAUCUCCGUACAUUUUGGACAUUUAUGGUUUUUGUGGCAACUCUGGACUCUUUGAAUUCGCCGCUGGAGGUGACCUAGAAGAUUCUGCUUAUUAUGGACAAGCACCUGAAUGGUCACCUCGAGAGAAGCUUGUUGUUGCACACCAAGUAGCGUCUGGAAUUAAUGCUGUACAUCACUUCGAGAAAGAUGGAAUACCGGCAAUCGCACACACUGAUAUAGCUCCUGGACAGUUUGUCUACGUUCAGGAGAGCAGAAUAUUCAAACUCAACGAUUUCAAUCGAUGCCGUUUCAUUCCUUGGAACAAGAAAACAAACUCGCCGUGUCCAUUUACCAUCGGCAGUAAUCCUGGGAUUUUCCGUUCGCCGGAAGAAUUCAACUAUGAACCGGAAACAGAAAAGGUGGACGUGUAUUCCAUUGGCAACAUCCUCUACGGAGUUUUGACAAGACUGUUUCCGUUCGAAGCCGAAAAGUAUCCUGCGAAGACGAUCAGGGGGCUGGUCAAGCAAGGCAGGCGGCCGAUGAUUGAUGCCAAAUACAAGAAUUCGACUGACCCCUAUACGCAAGCGCUCAUCAGGUCGAUAUAUGCUUGUUGGAAGCAAGACCCGGACCAAAGAGUCUCCGCGGGUGAUUUGUUGGCCUUUAUCGCAAACGAAAUUCGACGGCUGGACAAUGAAACUGCUGUAGAGUAA